AUGCCAGAUGCAACAGGAGUUAUCGCCAAAAACCCAUUCGAGGAGAGUCCGUCACGUCUGAACCAAUAUACUCCCGAUGAGGUCGCUGCACUUCAGGCACGUCUCGAUAAGAAGCUAGGACCCGAGUACAUCUCCGCUCGGCCUGGAGCGGCGGGCCAAAAAGUACAUUACCUCUCUGCGGAUAAAUGUAUCAACCUCGCGAAUGAAGUAUUUGGAUUCAAUGGAUGGUCGAGCUCGAUCCAGAAUAUUCAAAUUGAUUUUGUUGACGAGUCCCCAAAUACUGGAAAAGUCAGUUUGGGAUUAUCCGUGAUAGUGAGGGUUACUCUGAAAGACGGAGCCUACCACGAAGAUGUUGGAUACGGGCACAUUGAAAACUGCAAAGGGAAAGCUGCCGCUUUUGAGAAGGCGAAAAAAGAAGCAACAACCGAUGCCCUCAAGCGAGCUCUGCGAAAUUUCGGCAAUGUCCUGGGUAACUGUAUAUACGACAAGGAUUACAUUUCCAAGGUCACAAAAGUGAAGGCAGCACCGUCGAGGUUAGACGUCGAUGACCUGCACCGCCACCCCGACUUUGCUCCUAUAAAAAAGGAGCCAGUACAGCCAAAACCGCUGCCAGAGGACGAUGAUCUGCCUCCUCGCCCAUCGAUUGCGGCCAGGAAGACGGUAGCACCAACAAACAAUGUCUCUGACUAUGAUGCGGAAUUUGGAAUUCUCAUUUUGCUAACUACGCCAGGUGAUGUGUUCGAUGAGGCCGACUUCAAUGUUGGCGAAGGCGAAAAUCCAGAUGAAAUAGCGGUAGAUACAGACACUCAAAAAAUACGCCAGCCCCCGACCCCAAUCGGGAGGCCAAAGAUGGCGCCAAAGCCCCCGAGCUAUGCAUCUGGUGCGCCAACGAACGCUAAUCCUAGUACCGUAACACCGUCGAAACCGGAACGGCCGAUGAGCCACCCUCCUCCCGGCAGGCAAAUCCCUAAUCAGGCCGCAAACAACCAGCCGUACUCUGCGGCAGCCCAUGAUCAAUAUCCAAGCCAAAGACGGUCCGUACCACCCCCAGAAACACAAACAGCGGUAUAUCAAAACGGACGGUCAAUACCACCGGGGCAACCACGGGCUAGCCAUGGCACUGCCGCGUCAGCCGCCAGCGCACAAGUCCCUAUUAAACAGGAGUAUGCCUCGGGUGUCCAAAAUCCACAAGCGCAAGACAUGGCUCCUCCAGGUACACCUGGAAUGGAAGGUCAAGCGCCUCCCGUUGUAGGGUUUUUCUCAGCUCGUGGAGUUGCUAUGCUGCGAGAAAACCCCCAUAGUGCAGCGGCCAACGCUCCAGUCUUUGAUCCUCACGCCGAAAGCCCUUCAAUCCGCAAAACCGCAGGCGUCGACCAUACCAAGACCUUGCCGGUAUCAAGGCCAAUGCUAGCAGGCGGCGCAUCACCAGCCCCAAACCAAAGCCGAGACUUCAUUAAUCCCUCCGCAGACAUGCAUAGGAAAAUCGGUGUUCCCGGCGGAGCGGGUAGCCCCAUGAAUAGGGGCCCAUCAACGUCCUCUUAUCGGCCUCUAACACGACCAAAUGUCGAUGCAAAGGCGACGGCGAAUAGCCCCGCGGCCAGCCGUGGUGGGUUUGGGCCGCCGAAUAUUAACGGAAAGCGGCCACCUCUAAAUGAUGUGACUAACGCAUCCAUACCUGGCGGUAACGGGCCCACCCCUAUACCUAAUCCAAAUGAUCCGAAGAGAGUGAGAUUCGACGGGUCGCUGCCUCCGCAACAGCAACCACGCAAUCAACAACAACACCAAUAA